AUUGAUUAAACACUGCCAUGUGUGGAGAUAUUUCUUUUUAAAUGCCCAAAUAAACCAACCACAAUCUCAGGUUUGAUCAUGUGGUUUUAUCUUACCCUACAGUUCAUGUUACAUAGUUACUUUGUGUACGGAGGUUUCACCUUAAACAAGCUUGAUAUUAUUUUUGUUGGAUUGUCGUAGUGUAAGGUGUUACUUGUUAACGGACUAUAUUGGGCAUUAUUUAUUCAGCUCUUUAAUUUAGCCUACAAAUAUUAAGAGAUACCAAAACAUUUCAGUUUAAUCAAAGGUAAAGGAUCUAAAACCGCUGUUGUAAAACUUAUUCAGUAGAAUGGCAACCUUUUCACAAUCCACCAUUGACAAGGGAUCUGACAUGGUCCAAAACUUCUUGUGCUCGACCUGUGAAGAUAAGAAACUGGAUAAUACAGCUGAUUUCUACUGUGAAUCAUGUGUGGCGUUUUAUUGCAGAAAUUGCAUUGGCAUGCACAAUCAGUUGUUUACAAAACAUGCCCCUUUUGGAAGGGGAGAUAUGAAGAAAUGGCCAGUGGCCAAGAAGGUGGAAGAUUUUCUUCUGAAAUGUGAUGUCCAUAAAGAAGAAAAUCUGAAAUUGUUUUGUGAUAACCACAGUGAGUUGUGCUGCACAAAUUGUGCAUUCCUUAAUCACAGACAGUGCCAAAAAGUAACUCUUAUAUCCGAGAAAGUGAAAAGUCAGUCCACAGACCUUCAGCAACUGUCAGUUUCUAUCCAAUCAAUUCUGGAACAAAUGAAGAAACUUCAAGACAAACAGAAGGCUAGCAUGCGGUCUCUGCAAAGUUCGUUUGAUGAGCAGUUACACACGAUACAGGAAACUCGCCGACAAAUAAAUGCAGCCUUAGAUACGAUUGAACAGAAGACACUGACGGAAAUGAAAGAUACUCUGACCAAACUGCAAGUCUCUGCCAAAAUCGAUGUUGACAAAUGUAUAAGGCUAAGGGAUGAAUUAAAUCAACUUCAUGACGCCAUACAGGACAUUAGUGAUAAAAGCAAGCUCGAGCUAUCCUUCAUAGCCACUAUAAAAUGCAAGGAUAAAAUAGAACAGUCUAAAACUUUUCUGAAGAACUCUUUUCAGGUUGAAAUUUCAAUAAAAUUCCAGCCUAACAGUGACAUUGUACAGUACUUAUCCAAACUGUCAGGGGUUGGUAGUAUUGAACACAGUGCCCAUACAUUGAUGGGACGAGAUAAUCCAAACAAUGAAAUCACUGUUCAGGGGAAGUUUGUACAAAAUGUGAAAAUAUCAGGUGAUUCAAAGGAAUGCUGUAUCACAGCCAUCAUUGUUCUCCCAGACAGACGGGUCCUGGUUUCAGACAACAAUAAUAAGAAAAUCAAGCUGCUUGAUCAGGAAUACCAAGUGGUGAGUCACUGGAAUGUCAAGGCAUAUCCAAUCGAUUUAUGUCAGAUCACACCCAGUGAGGUGGCUGUGACUUUGAAAUGUGAGGUCCAGUUUAUCACGGUCAACAACAUGCAGCUGGUUACAGGAAGAAAUCUUCAGUUACAACAUAGAUGUACCGGUAUUGCCUUCCACCAGGAUGACCUGUAUAUAACUGCUGAUACUGCACUGUACAAGUACACACUGAGUGGGAAACUUCUCAGCAAGAUGUAUGAGGAUAAAUCAGCUAGGUGUACAGUAUACAGGUGUGCUGUGAGUAUCAAAGGGGACAAGUUGUACAUCACUAAUUCCUCCCAGGACAAGCUCCUCACCCUGGCCAGGGAUGGUUCAGUUCUUGCCACCUUUACUGACCACGCACUACAAGACCCAGGUGGUGUCCACGUGACACCUGCCGGCCAGGUGCUGGUAUGUGGAUACAAGUCCAACACUAUCUUACAGGUGGACAGUCAGGGUAAUAGGAAGCUUUCCACUCUGGUUACAGGGGAAGAUGGAGUUGUGAAUCCUUAUUCAGUCUUCUACAACAGACACACUGCGUCCAUCAUUGUUGGUCUCCUUAACAGCAGUAUCCUCGUGUUCAAUGUGCAAUAGCGUAAUUCUACAAGUAUCUUGAUUUAUUAUUCAGAUUAUUUAAAUAGCAGAUCAGAUUGUGUUAUGUGUAAGAACAGUGUGUUAUGAUACUAAACAUUGUUAGUUGUUUUGCAGUUGCAUUUGUUUUGUAAACAGAUAAUGUUAUGAAAUCAAAGAAUGUAGAGAGUUUCUGUGAACAUUAGAACUGCAUAUAGUUAAUUAUUGUGUUUCAUUGAUAUUAUUUGUUUUUUUGUAUUUCUAUUUGACUUAACACAUUCACAUGAACUGCUUGAAAAUUAAAAAAAAAUGUCUAGAAAAUAAUGUUUGUUAUUUACAUUUCCUAACAAUCACAUUUGUUUUAAU